CCUUGGCGUAUAGUCAUGCCAGUCACAUGACCACAGAAAUGUCUUGGGACAACGCUGGCUACCUCAGCUAGGAAAUGGAGUCGUACACACCCUGACAGAGGAAACAUUUACCUUUACCUGAACUGCGAAACACUAUGAUGCCUUUUGUUUCAUAAAGAUAACUGAUUGUAACCAACUUCUUUUUAAACAAACAGGAGGGUUCUUCUUUGUCAAUCCAAUGAGAAGGAGAAAUUACGUGACUCUGAUGGAUCCAAUCCAAGAGAUGUAUGGGAAUGUGAUGGGCUGUCUACUUUUUAUUCCUCCAUUGAUCGCGGACAUAUUCUGGUUUGCUGCUGUUCUUGCCUCUUUAGGAGCAACCAUGAAGGUCAUUUUGGACAUCCAGGGUUAUGUUGCCAUCAUUAUUUCUGCAUGUACAGUGAUAUUCUAUACUUUGUUAGGAGGUCUGUACUCAGUGGCCUAUACAGAUGUGGUGCAACUGAUCUUUAUAUCGCUCAGUCUG